ACUACCACUGGAUUCACAUUUCCCGAACAUCCAUCCUAGUUGCAACACAUCCAUCCAACAGGAAGAUGUCCUCAAGUUUGUCUCGAUUCUCACGAACCUCCAAUAUGGCGACUUUAUUCCUGAGACGGACGUUCUGUCUCAAUCCACCAACAGCUCCUCCUUGUCCUCCAUGUCCGGAACCUGCUCCCUCGUCAUCCCGUGGAUACAAGUUUUGGAAGAAAAUUACCUUCAUGGUAGCGAUGCCACUCGUAGGGCUGAUCGCGCUGAACACGUACACCGAGCACCAGAAGGAACAUGCGCAUCGGUCCCGUCCAAAGUUCAUCGAGUACGAGUAUCUUCGCAUACGCACCAAGCGCUACCCGUGGCGGGAUGGAGUGAAGACGCUCUUUCACAAUCCGGAAGUGAACGCACUGCCGACGGGAUAUGAAAAGUAAUUCAAGAGGAUAUCGUAGCACACUUGGUGAAUCUGUUUGACUAUGUUGAGCCAUCGGAACGGAUAAACUGUUCACAGUUAGAAAAAAAUGGC